AGUGGAUUUCCGCAGCAGUGAACGACCAAUAUUGUAGUGUCAUCUUUUUCGACGAUCUUCAUCAAUGUUAAACAAUACCCACAAUCGAAUCACGACCAGGUUUCUUAGGACGCUCACGACCAGACAUUUGUAUUAUUUUAUUGGUCAGCUUUUUUUCCCUUAAUACUAAGAAAUCCUAACGCUCAUUUCAUCUGUGUUGUGUAAAAUUUUGAUGAAGUGAAGAAGGAGAUUGCUUGGUUAUAAGAGGAGCUGGCAAGAUCAAGGAAGACGGCGACUCUAACUCUGAUUGGAACCUGAUCGCCUUCGAAGCAAGAAGAAUUUGAUGUUGUUGUGAGACACUACUUAAAGAGUCAGCAUCUACGUGCAAACAUUGCAACAAGAACAGGGCAAGCGACUAGUAACCGGGACUGUGUCAUGAUCACCUCCGGCGGGCCGGGAUCCUCACAGCUUCACCUCAGCGGCGCGCGACUUUUCUUGUAAGCCAGAGACGGUUUCCCCCAAUUCCGUGUUUCAUCUCCGUGGCCUUUGUACUACGUGUUCAUCACUUAAAACAUCCUGGUUUUUAGCGAAAGUACCACAACCAAAAAAAUCAAGAUGGGCGGAAAGGCAAAACAGAAAAAUAAAAAGAAAGGAAACCAAGGCAAAAAGAAACAGACCAACGAGCAGCAAGAGAGUAAGAAUGCGAACAACGGCGCGAAGGAGCAAGAGGUACUAGACAGCGACUUCUCUGACGUCAACCUCUCAGAACAAGAUAAUGAGCAACAACUUCAUGGACGAAAACGAGUGGGGCAGCCCUCGUCUAGCAGCACCAACAAUGGAGAUGAAGCGCAAGCGGAUAAGAGCAUCAACAAGCAGAAAAAGAAGAAAAAUGCUGCCGGCAGCAAGCAGACGAGUGCGCCCGGAGGUGCUGCUGUGGAGCAGGUGGACGAAAUUGAUCUUGUCACCGGGGUAUGCAUUGCGAAUAUCGAUCUGGGUCUGGAAAGUAAAGAUGCGAACUUAAGUGGCAGUGGCUCUCUGCUAGAGACGCGAAUAAAAUCUGUCUCAUGCAUCCAGAGUUAGCAAAAGACGCCCAUUUGUGGUCGCGCUGAGAGCGGACGACUUCUCAUGCAAACAAAGCACCGCACGGCUGGGGCUGCCGCAGAAGUAAUAGUAAAGAACCACCUGUUAUACUUGUCCCUGCGCGCCACGCAAAAGUUACACUGGAUCGAUCUGCAAUCUACUUUCCGACUCGGACUACAUGUUUGCAUUUGAUACGGGGAGAUCGUAACAAAAACCUAUCGACGGGACAGCAACGGCUCGUCCGUACUGUCCUCGCAGAACGAGCUGCGCAGCGAGCGCGACCAGGGGGAGCCCGACAGCUCCGACUUCCAGUCGCAGCAAAGCUACGAACGAUCUGACUACGACCCAAACAGUGAGGAAGGGGGGCGGUACAGAGAGGAUCGAAGUUGCUCCCAGUCGGAAGAUGAUAUCCACUGCAAAAAGUGUGUCUGGGCUAGGGAGGAUCAUGCCACCAGGCUCGUGGUCGUGAUGCAGCUUUUGCAUAACCCAGUAGAUGAACAUAGAGAAAUUAGAUGCGAGCUGUACAACUAUUUUGCAUUUUAGACCUGCAUGAGAAAUGUAGUCAUCUUCAGGUGACCAGAAGGUGCCUGCUAAUAUCUCUGCCCAUACGCUGCAGAUCAUAUUAUUUGUGUCGACCUGCCACAGCAUCCUUACAAACUCGGGCUCUUAAUACAGAUGAUUCAGACACAUGAUUUGCAAUUCAUAGACGAGGAGGACUAUUCCGAUUCAGAUCGAUCGUCUCGCAGCGGGUCGUCUCGUAGCGGUUCGCAAUACACAAGCUCUAAGUGCUCUCACAGUGGGGACGAGGAUAACCCCAAAGCCUACAAGAAAGGGGGCUAUCACCCGGUAAUCAAUGAUUUCUCAUUUUUGCAUGAUCGUGAAGAAAUUUCGUCAUGAUUCGCGUGGUCGUUUCUGUUUCAAUAAUAUCCGCAUACGAACUUCUGUAGAAGGUCAUCUACACCGCAGAUUGACUGACAUGGAAAAGUAUCCUCGUCUACAAUUGUUAUUCGUAGAAAGAAGUGCGAACGCGAACCACAACUACGAAAUACAUAGGUUGUUCUUGGGCAGCAGUACGGGGGGCGGUACCGAAUCCUGAGCAAGUUGGGAGCAGGCGCCUUUUCCACCGUGUGGUUGUGUGCGGACGAACGAAACAGUGACGCGCUGGUGGCUAUGAAAAUUUGCAAAAGCAAAGCAUCGGUAUAGAUUUGAGAAAUUGAUAGAGCAGCUACAGCAGCGAGGCGUAUUUAUUAAUCACAGUCCUCACCCUUGUUUUAUUUUUACCGCAUGCCUUUUACAAAGUAUGAGCAACUGAGGACCACAUGAAGCGGAGGUCUGCUGCUGCUCUUGAAAGAAUUAAUAUAGAAUGAAUACUUACACACCAGGUCUGUGAGCAAGCCCUGGACGAUAUCCCCCAGAAAAAGACCGACAGGUCAUAUUUGUAAUGCAAAAAUAAAUAGACAAAAAAAUCUGUAUUGCAUGCCCUAAACAGGAUGCUAUGGCCUCGCCCAUGACAGAUUUUCCUGUGUAUUUAUUUUUGCAUUACAAAUAUGACCUGUCGGUCUUUUUCUGUGGGAUAGACGAAGUGAAGCUGCUGCGGUGCAUAAAUCCGCAGGACCAAGUCGCUGCUACGGAUCCAAUAUCAAGUGUAAAAAUGUCUGGGUCUGGAAGAAUGCGAACUUGUGAUGCGAAUUCCACUACACGCGCAAAUCUCUCAUGCAAAGGCAGCAAAAGGUUCCUAUUUCCUGUCACCAAAAACAGGGACUUGUCAUGCGGAUUAAGCAUUGCGGAACGUUCGCGAAAUCUGUGAUGCUAGGGCUUCCAUAACAGACCUUCUCUGUCAUGCAAAAACAACAUGACAAAAAUCUGCAUUCUUCCAGACCCAGACAUUUUUACACUUGAUAUCCAAAAUAUGAGGGCCGGCACUACUGCAUGCCGAUGCGUCACCAUUUUUGGCACGUUGGACCGAACGGAAAACACAUGUGCCUUAUCUUUGACCUGCUCGGCGAAAACCUUCUGGCGCUUGUGAAGCACACGGCUUAUCAGGGCUUGCCCCUCCCAUGGGUCCGAAAAAUUGCCCGCCAAGUCUUGCAGGUAUAUAUAUUUUUUCUUCCCAGUGCUUGUGCUGUCCGUCGGUGGAGACGAGCGGGAACGUCUUGUAGCGUCUCUUCACAUGGUGCACACGGUCGUGAAGUACGAAGCGCAUCGACGUCCCUUGUUCACUAUAUUUCCUCACUGAUCGAUAAUAUCGAUUGCAAUUCAUCUAUGCCUAUGCGUCUUCGACGCAUGAACCUGCAAUAUGUUGUUCUACUACCAGAAGUAGCCCACCCUACUUCUUUCCGAUAUUCAUUGAAUCCCUUGGCGCGCAAGAUCAUGAUGAAUGUGAAUCCCCUGUCAAUAUAAGUGAUUCUCGGCAACCUUCGGCUCCACCAGGAUCGUCGAAGAAUGAAGAUGAUGAAAACUAAAAAAAACAUCAUUAUCAUCUACUCUCGUAUUCAUUUAACAUUCACGACAGGCUUGCUGGCACAUGGAGAAGGUGGGCGUAAUUCACACGGAUAUCAAGCUAGAAAAUGUUUGCGUGCAUCGCCACGACAUGAAAGAAGUGAAAGAAGAAGCAUACGCCGUUCUGCGCUCGCUGAAACAGGCAGAGAAGCAGUACCAGGAUUACGAAUUGCGCAGGAAACAGCUCAACAGCGGGGAGGCCGGGAAAGAAAUGCCCACCAAGCUAACCAAAGCGCAGAAAAAAAAGAUGAACCAGAAAAAGAAAAAGAUUCUGGCCGAGACCGCCGGCGUCAACUUGGCGCACGCGGGAAGUGGAGCUGCACUCAGGGUACUGCUACUGCAAACAUUUUCGACAAACAGCUCUAGGUGGAUGAUUUUCGAAUAUUCUUAUUCUAGCCUCGCAGAACAGCUGUUAAUGAUGCACAGAUGAAAUCGAAAUAUUCUUUCUUGUGUCGCUGGGUACUAGCGCGAACAUGUUUAUUGAGCAGCUGUACAACCAGCGGCAUCUAGGAGCAGGAGGUAGAAUUGUGAUCUCGUUUUAAUAUCGCGUAGAUAGGCCGUGAAUAAAUCGAAAUAUUCCUCGCAGGGCCUUACCUAUUCUAUUGCAAAAGUAGCUGAAUAAUGUAUCUAUAUAUAAGGCUGCUAGACGUAGCCGAUUUCUUGUUACAAUUCUACUGCUAUAAAACACGACAAACAGAACAUUCACGAAAUUUCGCACCCCGACGUCCCUGAGGAGGAGAAAAUAGUACUGCCUGACCCGCCCGCGCGGCAGCGGACGCGGUUCGAAACCUUUGCACUCUCGGAUCUGCAGUGCGUUCUGUCCGACUUUGGAAAUGGGUGCUGGGUCGACAAACAUUUCACGGAGGAAAUCCAGACGCGACAGUACCGAGCUCCGGAAAUUCUGAUCGGUGCAGACUACGAUACCACCACCGACUUGUGGUCGUCGGCCUGCAUGUUUUUCGAGUUGCUCACCGGAGACUUCCUUUUCGACCCGAAGAGCACUGACAGUACCAUAAAUGAUAUCUUUUUAUUUUGCUAAUACCAAAUGCAGUAAAUAACCAGCCUGCGCUACAACUGUAGUACUGCUGAGUUGUCAAAAGCAAUUUGAGUGGGCCUUUGGAGUUUCUGAAUUGGCCGCCCUUCCGUGCGGCAUAACGUUAUCCACGACGGCACGGCGAGCCCACAAAAAGCAAAGCCUCGGCCAAGGCGACGAUCGGCAACGCAAGAAGACGGCAGUCACUUCACCACCCCCGCCGUGGCGGCAGCUAUAUUUCUCAUCUACCAAAAGUGAAGUAAUUAUACUAAAUGUAAAAACAACAGAAUGGUCAACCGACGAGGACCAGUUGGCGUUAAUGAUAGAGCUUCUUGGUGGUUUUCCGCCGAAAGAUUGGCUCGAUACAGGCGAAUACUCCGGGGACUUCUUUACAGAAAAUUGCAAGCACAUGCUGAACAUCAAAAAACUGCACUACUGGCCCCUGGAGAAAGUGCUGUCAGAGAAGUAUAUAAAUGGUUUCCUAAGUAAUUCUUUCAGCUGCUUUUACUGUUUUCAUCUUUAUGUGGAAGUAGAUGUAGUGACGCGACAACGUAUGAAUAAGUACUGCAUUUUAACGCUUGUAUCGAAAUAUAAUACAUACUUUUGUGUUUUUGCAUCUUUCACGCCUGCACGCAUAAUUGCUGAGAGUUUGAUUCUGUGGAGACGUCACGCAUGAGUGCAUCUUUUACUGCAAAGGCCUAAAAUUGUCCAACACUCAUUUCUAUGGAUUAUCUUCAUUAGAAUCAACAACCCGUCGAUAGGUAUAAAGUAGAACAAGAGGAGGCAGUGCUUUUUGCAGAUUUUCUGCUUUCUAUGCUACGCUGGCGACCCGCAGACCGAGUUUCGGCAAAAGAAGCUUUGGAGCACCCCUGGAUUUCGCGGGUGGACGAGAUCGAUGAGCACGACGAGUACAUGCCGGUCUAUUCGAGCGAAGACGAGCAAGACUAUGACGGUACUUCUGUAGAAGCAAGUGCUACUUAGAUGAUUUUUUAUCAUUCUCGACCCUGAAGUGUAUCAAGUGCGCGACUACGUGCAACAUUUUUGCAAAGGUGAAAAAACAAGCUCCUGAAAUUCAUUUUUUAUCUUAGCCGCAAAUUAAAAGAGUUGACUGUAGUUACAAGACGCGAGCACUUGGAUGAUGACACCAGAUGCAUAGACACGACAUGCGCAAGUUCUCAAAAAUUAUAAUUAUGCAGACGAAGAGGAAGACGACGAAGAUUCUGAGUACACCCAUUCUGGUUCCGACGAGCCGCAGGGCGAUGAGGAGCGCGAAGAGGAACAGUACAGCGAGGACGGGAGGCGGAAAGCGCGGUCGUGUCCGACGAACGUGCACCUAACGUUCAAAGAGGACCAGGACCGGCGGGUGGUAUGCGGAGAACACGGGCGGAUGUACCAAAAGGUGGGCCGCAGUAGAAACAAACGAAGGAGCCGCGGUUACCACUACGGGGACGAGCAAACGUCGCAGUCCAGUCCUGAGUAUGGAGGGAUGUCCUCCAACUACGCGGCCGGGUCGUACUACGCAGGUGGCUCGUCAAACAAUAACUUUGCGUGCAGUCGCCUCUCGUCUCACUCCACGUCGUCCGACUCAAGUUGCCACGAAUAUGUUGGUCCUUGCGGCAGCGGGAUGAACCUCCGUCUUGUCGACCACACACCCGGAAUGAUAUCUUCUCCCUCCGGCUCCGGAAGAACUGCUGGCGGCACAAGAACCGUGGCGGCAAUACGAACCAAGAUAAAAAACGAAAGGGAGCUGGGCAACCACCGCGAGGACUACGGAAGCAGUAAUGUGGCCAAGCGCAAGCGCGAGGAGAAGCAGAAACACAAAAUAGCAGACACUUGGCGAGACAAAAACGCCCUCCGGUUGGAAGUAGAUGACACCACGAUUACGGGUGAGCCACUCGAGGACAAUGACGCCGGUCGUGUGAGUGGCGCAGCACGAGCACCAGACGGGGAAAGGGGAGCUUCUUGGAGUGAAAAUCUUGAAACUUACCAGUCAGAGGCAUUCAGUGCAGGUGGCGUUUCCCCGGAACAGCAGAAAUAUGAAAAGGCAACAGCCAGCUCUGCGAAUUAUACUACAGGAAACCGAAGUAACACAAUGGACCCAUCAAACCAGCACCAACGAGCAGAGACGACGGGCGGUGGUGGGUCUUCGAUCGAGGCCCGCCGAGAUUCGUCGAUAGGCAGCAACCCACCGACACUGAACGACCAGCAUUACCGGGUAGAGGACGAGACUGGAGCACAAAGUGACGCACCUUAUGAUCUCUCAGAGGCAGACCUCGCGCUCGUGGGCCAUUCAGAGGCCGUUGCACCAGAGGCUUCCGGUGAGACCACUACGACCACCGCGGCCAUGGAUAAGCAUCCGCACUACAACACGAGAGCGACGACUCCUAUGGACGUAGACGAGGUCGAGGAGGAAAGCGCAGGUCCUCAGCAUCAGGCCUCUACGCGAGUUGCUGCACCGCCCGCCGGCAUGGUAAUACUGAAUAAAGAUCGACGGCCACCAGCAGCCCAGCUGGAUCUGCUAGAUACGUCAGCCAGCUACCCUGCUAGCCCAGACCGGCACGCCUAGCGGAUUCAGCGCCGUCUAAUGUGCAAUAGCAAAACCAAAAGCAUAAGCAAUGGCGAACAAAUUAUUAUAUUCAAGAUGAACUUCAACUCAAUUUUCAAGCAAUUGCGCGAUUUAGCACUUCGUCUAGACGUGCAACGGAAAAUGAAGGCGACCUCUUCCUGUUGAUUUUUAUAUUGCUGCGAAACGCGGAAUGACAAGUAUAUCCUACAGCAACCGGUACCCGGACCGCGAACCAGUAUGGCGUUGAUUCAUAUACACAUAAAUUUGACGACAGCACAAGACAUUGCGCUGCUUCUGUCCUCUCGCCUUUCCCGCCCCGGGAAGGAGAUGCGCGAGCGCGACCUUCUAUAGCUACGAAUGACUUCUUCGAUUAGCUUCGUUGUGAAUGCGAAGACUAUUGACAUCUCAUGAUCGCAUCAUGAUCCACACGAAUAAAAAAAACGCUCUGCAAUUAUGAAGAUCCUAAGUGUGUACACGAACAACCUCGACUACAUUGAUUUUUGAGUGGGGGCUGCUGCUCUAUGUAUCACGGAAGACGUAUCAUUAAGAAUCAGUCUGCUGGUCUUUGAGAAUACAGUUUAGUUUUGGUUUUUCCCUACGCAAUAAAGAACG